AUGUCAGCCACCCACUGUGCCACGCGCGCCAGGAUAAAGGCCCAGGCACUGCCUCCCCAAUGCCACACUGCUCCUGACACCGACCCGGCCUGGCUGUGUCGCGGUGCCUCUGCCACUCAUACCACUACCACUGCUGUGCCUCAGGUGAGGCGUGACGACCCUGCAGGGCGCGACGCUAACCCGCCAGCGUGCCCAGCAGCAGCCAUGAUGUUCCCCGAGGCGCGGAGCGUUGAUGACGAGGGUGACGAGGUUGAUGAGUGCGGUGAGGGCGCGUGGCUGCAGGAGGUGAGCGCAGCGCACGUGGAGCGGCAGUUCUUUGAUGUGCGCGUUUUGGCGUCAGGAUGGUACACGCAGGUGUUCAGCGCGCGCCACCAGCGGCUGUCUGAAGGGCGCCGCCUGGUGCUGAAGGCCGUGCGGCGUGGCACCACCACGCGUAGGGACUUCCUGAGGGAGGCGCGCCACCACGCCUUCCUGUCCGCCUGCCCUCACGUGCUGGCCUGCUUCCCGCCGCCCUUCACCACAGCCUCAUCCUUCGUGCUGCCCCUGGAGGAGGCGCCCGGUGGGGACCUAGCAGGCCUGGUUGGGCGUGGCGGCGUGGGCGAGGAGGCGGCGCGGCGCGUGGCGGCACAAGUGGGCGCCGCUGUGUCCUUCACGCACGCUGCGGGCGUGGUGCACCGGGACGUGACGCCUGCCAACCUGCUGGCCAUGGACGCCGCUCUGGCUCAGGUCAAACUGGCGGACUUUGCUGCGCGCCGCGUCGGGGCUAUGGUGACCCGCGGCGCCCUGCCUCUGCCCUGGCUGGCGCCCGAGGUGGUCUGCCUCCACGCCCACGACAUGUACGCCGCCCACCCCGCGCAGGACGCGUGGCAGCUGGGCCUGCUGCUGGUGGUGCUGCUGACAGGCGCGCUGCCCUGGGCCGCCGCGGACCCCGAGGACCCACACUACACAGCCUGGGAGGCGUGGGCGCGCCACCCCGCCACCGGCCUGCCGCCGCGCUUCAGGCUAUUCUCGCCGCGCCUGCUGUGCCUGCUGCGCCGCCUGCUGCACCCAGAGCCAGCGCUGCGCUGCCCCGCCGCGGCCCUGCAGCAGGAGGCUGAGGCGGGGCGUCGAUGGCUGGCGCGGGACCCUGACCCCUUCGACCCGUGCCUGCAGGACGCGCCGCGCCCCGCCGCCUUCCUGCGACGCGCCGAGCAGCGGGUGGCCAGGGUGCUGCGCCGCUACCUGCGCCGCGCCAGCCCCAAGUACAAGAAGGUGACCUUCGCCAAGGUCCUGGAGGAGCGCCGCGAGGUGCAGCGAUUCGAGGAACACCAGGAGGAGGAGGACCACGAGGAGGAGGAGGAGGAGGAGGAGGAGGAGGAGGACAUGGGGGGUUGGUUCCUGGGCAGUGAGUGCAUCCUGGACUACUACUGCGCCCCGCCCUGACUUGCCACGCCCGCCACGCCACGCCCACACUCCUGUACCUGUACCUCGCCGCCCCGCACCGCCCCGGGCGUGACUCACGGGGCGCGACACACACUCUAUUUUUCUAUGACGCGUCACCGCUUUGUGCCCUUUUGUACUUUUGUACGAGGAGGAGGACCAAGGAGAAGAAGAGGAAGAAGAUGGGGAGGAGGAAGAGGAGAAGAAGGAGGAAGAGGAGAAGAAGGAGGAAGAGGAGGAGGAGGAGGAGGAGGAGGAGGAGGAG